UAAAGAUGACAGUUCGUCUACUUUCUUCUCAUUCGAUGCGACAGUUGCAUGUGAUACCGGUGUAAGGAUGGCUGAGAAGCGACGUGUUGUAGGAUCGCCGGUCCCACGGCCUCCCCCAGGCCCGGCUAAUGAGUCUGAGUUUCUAGCGCAAUCCGGGGUGCGGGACAUGAUGCGGGAUGCUGUGAUGAAGGUGCUGGAAGCCAGGCCGGAGGACCCUGUUGUUUUUCUUGCAGAGUACUUUGAAAAAUUGGGACACAGCUCAGAGGAGAGGGCGGCGGCGGGAGCGGCUGAGGCUCAGGGCCCAUUCAUGCAUGGACAGCAGCGGAUAUGCAGAGCUCUGUGGUACCUGAAGCUGGCUCAUCACUCACAGAGAACAGCUUUUACCAACAAUCUUAAUGUUGCAUAUGAUUGUCUGAGCGCUGAAGGGAGGAAGAAGAAGCCUGGUUUGAAUGGAAAAAUCUACAGUGAGGUUCUGGGUAGAAUCUGCCAGGAUGGAGGACUUCCUAGUGAGAUCACUUCUCUGCUCCUUAAGAAGAUCCAAUGCCAAGACCAUGAAGCUGUCCCAUUCGAUGUGUUCAGAUACGGUGUGUUAACAUGCUUUGUGCUACUUGAGUUUAUGUCCAAAGCAGAAAGUCUGUUUGGGAUAUUCAAUGAGAGCAGUCAGGCAGGCCAGAGGCUUUGCCAGGCAGUACUAAAUACCCUAGAGGAAGCGCUAGUGGCUAGUGAUCUCUGUGUUCCAGCAAGCUACUUGGAAGCCGGGUCAAAGCUAGGACCAGACUGUUUGGCUGUUGCCAUGAACAAAGCAUUUCUGGACAGGAAUCCUAAAGACUGUAUGAACCGUGUGGAAUUUCUCAAAGAAGCAUCAGCUUUGUUCCUUGAAAAAGUGAAACCCAUCCAAUGAUUUACCUGCAUGUUCUACUAUGUACAAGAUUUUUUAGAUCCAACACUGAAUAGAUUACCUGCUCCAGCAUGUGUUCUGGUGUAAACAAGAUUGUUUGUCUGUAUUUUGUAUAUUUUCCUGUACCCUGAUGUACUGGGUGAGAUUGAUUCCUUAUUAUCCAGAGGUCUAUCACCAACAGACCUCAUUUAUUUUCCACAGAACAAAAACAUUGGUUGUAAUGUAUGGGAAGAACUUUUUACAACCUUGAUUUUGUCACAUUUUUUGUCCCUGGAAUCAAAAUAAAGUAUGCAAGCUUAAUGUAA